AUGCGAAGGACAGUUGUGAGCCUUUGCGUUCUUCUGACGAACACGUACAACAACUUUAAUGCCCCCCUCCUGUUGUAUAAGCCAGGUACAAGGAGCGUCGGCAACGUUGUUCACUGGAAUGACGAGCAGAGGAGGCGGAACGGUCGCAACGCUCUUUUGUUAGGGAAAAAAAACAACCUGUACAUCAACCAACUGUGCACCAGAGGUAUAUGCAGUUGGAAAAAAAAUAUCAUCAAAGUGAAUAAACUGCCUUUUAAAAGAAUGGCAUCCAUCGCCACUGUUGAUAAAUCCCAGGGGGAUCUUUUGGAGGAAUUAAAAAAAAAUUUGGUCAUUGGGGAAAACCCAGCAUUUAUCCAGGAAAGGCUAGCUAAGUAUAAUGAGUUGAAGGAGAAGAAGCGAAUCGAAAGGGAGGAGCUACUCAAGAGUGACCCAAAAUUUACUCGAAGUAUAAAUGUGCAGUUGUUGGAUGGAUCCGUGAAGGUGGGACAGUGUAAUGUGACUACCCCCUUUCAUAUUGCAACAUCCAUUUCGAAGAGGUUGGCAGAGGAUUCCAUCGUAGCGCGUGUCACCUAUGUGGAGAAGGUGGAACUUGAACUCUGUGACAUAGAGGAAGAACUGGAGGAGCAGGAUGAGGUGAAUGAGACAAAAGAUGAAACCCUCGGAUGCAAGGGUCAAUUAGCUGACGAAAAGCCCCUCCUGUGGGAUAUGAACGUGCCACUGUUGGGAAGCUGCAAAAUCGAAUUCCUGAAUUUGGAGAACGAAGAGGCGAAGAAGACCUUCUGGCAUUCUUCCGCACACAUCCUAGGAAGUAGUUUGGAAAAGCUCUUCGGAGGUUACCUGACGAUCGGGCCCCCCUUGAAGGAAGGUUUUUAUUACGACAUUUACCUAGGGGAUUUCUCCAUAACGAAUGAAGAUUACAAAAAAAUAGAAGAAGAAUUUAACAAGCUGAUAAAGCAGAAUGCUGAAUUUGAAAAACUUAUCUGUACGAAAGAUGAAGUGAUGGAACUGUUCCAAUAUAACCCGUUCAAGUUAGAAUUGAUCAAAUCCAAAAUACCAGAAAAUAAAAAAACGUCCGUGUAUAAAUGUGGGAAUUUCAUCGACCUGUGUUUAGGCCCCCAUAUAAAAAGCACAGGGAAGGCAAAAGCAUUCAAGGUGUUAAAAAACUCAGCGGCCUACUGGUUAGGCAAUAAGAACAAUGACAGUUUACAAAGAAUAUAUGGAAUAACAUUCCAAAAAAAAACAGAAUUAAAUGAUUAUUUAAAUUUUUUGGAAGAAGCAAAAAAAAGAGAUCAUCGUAAUGUCGGGAAGAAAUUACAUUUCUUCUUUUUCGACAAAGAUACAUCACCAGGUUCAUGCUUUUGGCUACCUCAUGGAGCGAAAAUAUACAAUAAAUUAGUCGACUUUAUUAGAAGAGAGUAUAGAAUAAGGAUGUAUGAUGAAGUGAUUACCCCGAAUGUGUUCAGUUGUGAUUUGUGGAGAACUUCUGGCCAUUACCAAAAUUAUAAAGAUUGCAUGUUUAUUUUUAAUGUAGAACAGAAGGAGUGGGGAAUGAAGCCUAUGAAUUGUCCUGGACAUUGUAUCAUGUUUAAGCAGUUAAAUGCAUCCUACAGGUCGUUACCUAUAAGAUUAGCUGACUUUGGUGUUCUACAUAGGAAUGAAAUAUCUGGUAGUUUAAGUGGACUUACCAGAGUACGUAGAUUCCAACAAGAUGACUCACACAUUUUUUGUACCUUUGACCAAAUAAAGGAAGAAGUCCUAAACACCCUUCAUUUUAUAUUUUUCAUUUAUGACUUAUUCGGAUUUAAGUACGAAUUAUUUUUAUCUACGAGACCCAAAAAAUUUAUUGGAAAUAUCUCUACUUGGGACUUUGCGGAACAAGGCUUAAAAGACGCGCUGAAUUCAGCUAAUAUAUCGUGGAAAAUCAACGAAGGAGAUGGAGCUUUUUAUGGCCCCAAAAUUGAUAUUUUACUUAGGGAUAGCAUUAACCGUACACAUCAAUGCGGUACCAUUCAGCUGGACUUCCAACUUCCUUGUAGAUUCAAUUUGCAGUACAAGAACAAAGACUUUGGGGCGCUGAACGAGGGGGAUAACGCGGAAAGUGGCACAAUGAAGAGGGAAGAAGUGGCGGAGAAGGGAGAGGGUAACCAGCCCUCCCAGAAUAAAGGUUCAGAUACAAACCUCCCCACGGAUACCGCAGAACAACUGAAAAAGGGCUUCGACCGACCAGUUAUUAUCCACAGAGCUAUCCUCGGUUCCGUGGAAAGGUUCGUUGCCAUUCUGAUAGAACACACGGCUGGAAAGCUACCCUUCUGGAUCUCGCCCAGGCAAGCCAUCGUCCUCCCCGUAAGUGACAAGUUCAAUGAUUACGCAAAUUACGUGUACCAAACAUUGAACAAUCACUUCUUCGAUGUGGAGAUAGACACCUCGCUGAACACACUGAACAAGAAAAUACGGGAGGCGCAGCUGAACCAGUUCAACUUCAUUUUGGUUGUGGGGGAGAAGGAAUUAACAACGAACACUGUCACUGUGCGCAACAGGGACGACCAGAACAACCACGAGGUGUGCUCCCUGGAGGAGCUCAUUGCUCGUUUCCGGAAGUUGUUGGAUGUCAACUCGAUGCCUUUUAACCAGAUCAAGCCUUUCAACCAGGUCAAACCUCCUCAGUGA